AUAUGACUGUUAUGCAGUGAAUUGGUGAUUUUAUAUGUAAUUAAAAUGUACAACAUUGAAACAAACAAUAAAUAAAAGUGGAGAAUAAAUAUAAAUACAAUGGAGCCCUUAAAAGAAGCAAUUAGUGUGCGUUCAGCUCGUUUGAACAAUCAUGUUCUAGGCAGAAAUAUUAACAAUGCAUCUGCUUCUAUGAAAUGUGUUGCAAGGGAAGGACUUUUGGAUGCCCUAAUGGCCUUAUACGAUGAAUGCAAUUCUGAUAUAUUAAAAAAAUCUGAUAAGAACAUAGCCUUAUUUGUAGAUAAAUAUCGAAGUACAAUUUUGGACCUUAAAAGACUCAGGGUUAACAUAGGUGAUUUUGAAGUAAAAAAUAUUAUAGGCCGUGGUCAUUUUGGAGAAGUUCAUGUUGUUAGAGAGAAACAAACAGGAGAUGUCUAUGCAAUGAAAACUUUACGAAAAUGUGAUUCACUAGGAAAAAAUAAUAUCAGUUUUUAUGAAGAGGAGCGUGAUAUUAUGGCAAAUAAUCAAAGCCCUUGGCUUACUAGUCUCCAAUAUGCUUUUCAGGAUAUGGCUCAUUUAUAUUUGGUUAUGGAAUUUCAUCCUGGUGGUGAUCUUCUGGGAUUAUUAGAAAGACGUGGAAAUGGUUCUGGUAUUGGCGAAGCUGCCUCAAAGUUUUAUCUUGCUGAACUAGCUUUGGCUAUUCAUGCCUUGCAUUGUAUGGGAUAUGUGCACAGAGAUGUUAAACCCGAUAAUGUUCUUUUAGAUAGAUGUGGGCAUUUAAAGUUGGCAGAUUUUGGCUCAGCAUCUAAAUUGAAUUCAUCAGGUUUUGUAACUAGUGCGAUGCCGGCUGGCACUCCAGAUUACAUUGCCCCAGAAGUUUUAGUGGCUGUAGAAAGUUCAAAGACUGAUAAAUAUGGGAUAUCUUGCGAUUAUUGGUCAUUAGGUGUAGUUGCUUAUGAAUUAUUAACAGGCAGAACACCAUUUAGUUCUGAAGCAAUUGCAAGUACUUAUAGUAAAAUAAUGAAUCAUAAAAAUGCUGCAAGUGAUCUCAUUUUUCCUGAAGAAACCUCAAAAGAAUAUUCUUCUUUUGUGAAAGGUUUAUUGACUGACUGUAAAAGUAGAUUAACAUACCCUAAAAUAGUAUCACAUGAAUUAUUUCAAGAUGUUAUUUGGGAUAAAUUAAGAGAACAGGUUCCACCUUUUGUGCCUAUAGUAAAUGGUUGUGAUGACACAUCUAAUUUUGAGGAAUUUACUCACAAACCUUCUCAACCAUCAAUAGAGAAUUUUCGCACAAAAACUCAGUUUAAUGGUAGAAAUUUGCCUUUCAUUGGCUUCACUUACAUUCAUAAUUUGGACAAUGAUAUUUUGUCAAGUGUACAAUCGAAAACAUAUGUUGAUUUAAAUGUAACACUAAACAAAAAUGUUGAAAAACCACUUGAGAGUACUUCUAGAGAGCGCAAAACUAUUGAAGGAUUGCAAGAACGAUUAAUCAAGGCAGAAAGACACAGUCAGGAUGCAGAAGCUUUGGAAAGAAGGCUUGCCGAAAAGGUCAAAAGAGUUGAAUCCGCAGAAGCAAUCCGUGAUAGGCUAGAGAGAGAAUUAUCUACAUAUAAAAAUGAUAAUAAGAAUAUGAAACGGAUGUUAGAUAUGGAAAGAAAGGAACGUAAAGCAUUUGAAGGACAAGCUCUUGAGUUGAUUGCUUCUACAAAAGCGAAAUGGGAAUUGAAUGGAAACGCAAGGAUAGCAGCUUUAACAAAAGAUUUGAAUCAACGAGAAGAAAAGAUUAAAGAGAUGGAUACUGCUAAUGGUGCUCUGGCAGCAAGAUUAGAACGAGCUCAAAAGGAUUUGCAAGAUAAAGUUAAAGAACUUGAAAGAAUUAAAAAUAUACAACUAGAGUGCAAGAAUACUAUUGCUAAGGCUCAAGAGCGCUCCAGACAAAGCAUUAUGGGUGCUGAGAUGCGUUUCGAGACCAUAAAUGCAGAAAAUCGCCAGAAGGUUGAAGAUUUACAAAAGAAACUUGAUGCUGAGAAGAAAAAUAGAAGAGAAAUUGAAAAGAAAUGUUUUGAAUUUGAGCAGAAAGAAAAACAAUACAGCAAGGAAUUGCAUUCUUGCAGAGAUAAAAUUUUAAAAUAUGAAUCAAGUAUUAAAGAGUUAGAGUCACAAUUAGAGGAUUUGCAGCCCUUACAAGAACAAAUGCCUCAACUGAUGAAGAAAAUCCAGGAUCUUCAAGCUGAACGCAAAGAUAUUGUAAAGUUUAAAGAUAUGGAAGAAGUAUUGAAAAGAGAAAGAAUGGAAUUAGAAAAUUUACAGAAACAAGUCAAGGUCUUGAAAAAUGACUUGACACACAGUCAAAAUUCAUUAGAGCGCCAUGAAACAUCAUUGACUGUACGCAAUAAGCAAAAGGACACUCUUAUUGAAAAUUUAAGAGAACUUAAAACAGCAGCUGCUGAAAAGGAACGCUUGCAACAGCGUUUACAAGCAGUAGUGGAUAGUGACGAAAUUAAUAAAGCUAAAAUAAAAGGCUUAGAACAAAUGUUAUCUCAAUUAGAAUCUGAACUUGAAAAUAUUGAAAAAGCCGAUAAGUAUUCAAAUAUGAAAUUCUCAUCUGAAUCUCCACAAAAAUCAAUGUUUUUACAAGAACAAAUUAAAAGACUAGAAGAGCAAUUGAAAAAUGCCACUGAGCAAGCAGCAUUGGAAAAACAAAAUGCCAAAGUUGCCAAUUCCGCUCUGUGGAAAAAGGAGAAAGAAUUAUCAGAAAGUGAUCUAGACAAACGUAUAACACAACGUGAAUUGAAACAACUUGAAGAAAAGCUUAAAACUAUUACUGAAGAAAAACGGAAAUUAAUUGAACGUAUGUCUUCAGAGAAAUCAGAAAAUGAGGAAAUUGUGAAAGGAACAUGUAAAAACAUUGCACUUCUUAAAACAGAACUAGAACAACAAAAAUCUCAAUCAGAAAAAUUACAAAGGCGACUAGAUGCCUACCAGAACAAGAGUGAUGCCGAAAAGAACAGUUUCAGUAAAUGCCAAGCUGACUUGAGUGAAUGCAAGUCUCAGAAUCUUAUUUUGAAGGCUGAAAUAAGAAAAAAUGAAAGCGCUAUUAAAUGUUUAGACAAUGAGAUUGCUCGAUUGAAGGAAAUUUGUUCAGUUAAAGAAGAGGAAGUGAAAAGCAUUGAAGAUUUCUACAAGGAUCAAAAGAGGGAUUAUGAUAAUUUGAAAAUAAAUAAUUCAAUGCUGAAAGAAGCUUGUGCCAUGAUGGAAGAUCAAUUGCAACAACUUGAAGCUCUUUGUGAUGGUCAUGAAGAGCGUGCUGAAUCAUUGCAAGCUAGAAUUGCUGAAUAUGAAUCUAACACAGACACAAAGCGAGAAGAAAUUCUACAAGCAAAACGGCAAUUCAAUGAAGAACGUAGUUUGAGACUAAUUGCUGAAAAGAGAUGUGAAAGGUUGCAAAAUGAUUUGAGUGAAUUCAGAGAAUCUAUGACAUUGACUUCAAACCAACUUGGAGAAGAAAAAGAUAGAAAUGAAAUCCUAGAAACACAACUAUCAGAUAACAUGCAAUUAAUUUCUUCACUAGAAUCAUCUUUACAAAAUGAAAAACGUCACCAUGAGGCUCUGACCUCUGAACUGAACAUGGUGAAAGAAGAAUCAUCAAGACAUUUAACCAUGAUGUAUUCUACAAAAGAAGAAAUGACAAGACUGAGAACAGAAAUGCAAGAAAAAUUAAUUUUAAUAGAUUCACUAACUGCUCAUAUUAACGAGCUUGAGGAUUCUCUUACUGAGCUUAGAGUUUUCUAUCAACAUCGUGAGGUCAAAUCUGAAGCCACAUUGCAACAAUACACAAAACUUAUUGAUCUGCUCCAGACGAAGCUAGAAGAUGGUAACAAGAAAAAAAAAUCUUUCAGUGAUAAACUGUUUGGUGUUUCUAAGAAGGAAAACAUUGCACCAAUCAACGUUUUACCAAUGAAUUAUAGAGAAUUAGAAGCAAGUCUUGCCAGGGAGCAGGCAAAGAAUAGAACACUUUCUGAACAAUUGUUGGAAGCAAAGUCCCAACUUCUUGGUGCUAAAGGUGAAAUGUUGUCUCUGGUCACUGAUUCUGAAUCAGCAUUAAUCACUUCACCUCGAACUAAGAUUGCUUUGCAAGAAAUUGUUCAAAGUCCUUCAUCAAGAAAUGCAGAAUUUCAGCGGCAACCUUCUAAAUUGAGAAUGCUGCACAAUAUACCACACAGAUUUGAGCACAAAUUGUGUAAGCGUUCCGCACGUUGUCCAGCCUGUCCUGGACCAUUGCCAUUUGGUCGACAAGUAUCGGCGUGUUUAGAAUGCGGUAUUAUGUGCCAUCACAAAUGCUGCCAUUUAUUGCCAGCAACUUGUGGCUUGCCAAACACAUUUGCUAAACAUUUUGGUGAAACCCUGAUGAAGGAAAAGGAAGUUCAAGAGAAAUCUGAAGAACGCCUUAAGAUUGUUGAUUCUGAGAUCUCCAAAGGAGGAUGGGUUAAAUUGCCGCAAAGAAAUAAUUCUAAUUGGGAGCGAAAAUAUAUUCAACUUGUGGGAAGUGAUAUUCAUGUUUAUGCAAAUGAACCAUCUGGAAAAUCAGAACCAGCUACUACCAUACAACUCAGACAAGAUAAUAGCUGCACUGUUGUCACUCCCGAGGUUUCUGAAACCGACGUUAACAAUACCGCGCGAAGCGAUUUGCCGUUUAUUAUCAAAAUUGAAUUGAUACCUACAACAACAUGCUGGCCAGCUACUACCCAUUUAAUUAUGGCUUUGUCUCCUGAAGAAAAAUCACAAUGGCUCUCGGCUUUACAAUCCUGUCUAGGAGAUGCUUGCGUCGCUAGGAAAUAUACUGGAUCAAAAUACAUUCAAUUCAAAGAUUACAAAAUGGUCUUAGAUGUUAACUGUGCAAUUGAAGUAAAUGGAAAUGGUAUUUUAAUAGGUGCUGAAGAAGGAUUAUAUUCUUAUCAAAUGGGAAAUAAACCAGUAAAUAUUACUGGUGUUGUGAAGGUGUAUCAGAUAGCAUUUGUUAGAAGCAUCAAUAUGGCUUUAUUAAUUUGUGGAGAAGAUAGAAAACUUGUUUCUGCAGAUUUGCGGCAUUUAGAAAGUUUGGCACAGAGAUCAGCUUGUGUUGAACCUCAUUUAGAUGUCUCUGAUAUUAAUUUUGCCAAUCAAGCUAAUGAAUGUUGCCAUUUGUUCCAAGCGUCUGAUCCUCCAAAAUCUAGCAAUGAAAGCUCUUUACUUUGUGCAGCAACACCAACACAUCUGCUUAUAUUUAAGUAUGAUAAAUUAUCAUCUGAAUAUGUAGCUGUCAAGAUUUUAGAUACAUCUGAACCAAUAUCUAGUGUCUUGUUUACUGAAAAUACGAUUAUGGUUUGUGCUCAUAAGUUCUUUGAGAUUAACACAGAUGAUUACACAGCUGAAGAAUUUUUGGAUUCCACUGAUACAACAUUGAGCCAUGUUAUUUUUGCACACAAACGAAAAUCUUUCCCAAUAACUGUUUUAGCUAUAUCUUCUGAUGAAUACUUGUUAUGCUUUAAUGAGUUUGGUGUUUUUGUUGAUGAUGUUGGUCGAAGAUCAAGAUCUCAAGAUAUCUUAUGGAGUCAUAUACCUAUAUCAUUCACUUAUCGUAAGCCUUAUUUAUUCAUAGUACACUACAGCACAGUUGAGGUCAUCAGAAUUAGUAAUGAAUCUUUCAAUGCUCCACCAGAUGCAGAAGAUUAUCACAAUUAUCCACCCCAAGUUUUUAUUGAAUUAAAAAAUCCGAGAUAUUUAGGAAAUUCCAGUUCCAAAGGAUCCAUUUAUGCUCUCAAUGCUUUAAAUACUGGUCCAGAAAUAGUGAAAUUAGAAGGAGGACUUAUAAUUAGAAAUGAUUACACCUUUGACACUAUAGAUGGUAGUUCAGAUGUAGGAAGUGUCCCCGAUUCAAACAAUCUCGUUGAACCUAUUUAUGCUCAAAUUAAUCCAAAACCAAAGGCCAUAAAUAGUGGCAUUAAUAUGGAUUGUGAAGAACAAUCAGAUGAUAGCUAUGAUAGUAGCAUAGGGAGGGAGUUGGAUGCAUUAAAUGCAGAACAAUACUCAAGUCAGGAAUCUAUAACUACUGCAGAAGCUGGAGAAUCUGACAAAAAAGUGAGGAUAUAA